AUGAGUCUUAUAAGAGGUAUGGGGAACGUUGCCAAACGAUGGAAAGAACUCAAUGGCUUGAAUUAUUGGAAGGGCCUAGUUGAUCCUCUCGACCUCGACCUUCGUAGGAAUAUCAUCAACUAUGGUGAGCUUUCCCAGGCAUCCUAUACCGGUCUAAACAGAGAGAGAAGAUCAAGGUAUGCUGGGUCUUGCCUCUUCAACCGCAGAGACUUCCUCAGCAGGGUGGAUGUAUCAAACCCAAAUUUGUAUGAGAUUACAAAGUUCAUAUAUGCAUUGUGUACUGUCAGCUUACCUGAUGGAUUCAUGGUUAAGUCUCUUUCAAAGGCUGCAUGGAGCAGGCAGUCAAAUUGGAUGGGGUUUGUUGCAGUAGCUACAGAUGAGGGUAAGGAAGUGCUUGGGAGGCAGGAUGUGGUGGUGGCAUGGCGUGGCACAAUACGGAUGGUAGAGUGGAUGGAUGAUCUUGAUAUUUCCUUGGUACCUGCUUCAGAAAUAGUUCUUCCAGGCAGCGCAACUAACCCCUGUGUGCAUGGAGGGUGGCUUCCAGUCUACACAAGUGCUGAUCCAGGGUCACAAUACAACAAAGAGAGUGCAAGACAUCAGGUUUUAAACGAGGUCAAAAGGAUACAGGAUUUGUACAAAACAGAGGAGACGAGCAUCUCCAUAACAGGUCACAGCCUAGGAGCAGCACUUGCCACCAUCAACGCAAUUGACAUUGUUUCCAAUGGCUACAACAGGAGCUGCCCUGUGUCCGUGUUUGUAUUUGGAAGCCCCAGAGUCGGUAACCCUGAUUUUCAGAAAGCAUUUGACAGUGCAGCAGAUCUGAGAUUGCUCCGAGUCCACAACUCUCCUGAUGUGGUCCCAAAAUGGCCAAAGCUCGGAUACAGUGAUGUCGGGGCUCAGGGGAGCAGUGGAGGGUUCGAGUUAUUGGUUGAUCGAGACAUUGCUUUGGUGAACAAACAUGAAGAUGCACUGAAAAAUGAGUUUGCUGUUCCAUCAUCAUGGUGGGUGGUACAGAACAAAGGUAUGGUGAAAGGCAAGGAUGGCCGGUGGCAUCUGGCCGACCAUGAGGAUGAUGACUAA